AUGGCUAACAGACCUCUGGUUCCAUUACAACCGAAGCCCAAUACACAGGUGGAUGAUGAUGACAGUCCCGAUCCACCGCCAAGCAAGUCUCGCAAAGGUCGCUCUUCUGUUCUUGUUGCUUGCGAGCCAUGUCGUCGCCUCAAAGCGAAGUGUGAUGGUGAGCGGCCGUCGUGUCGUAGGUGCCGUAGCAAGGGACAAGAGUGCGUCUAUGAGCUUCCGGAAGAUGCACUGUCAAGGAGUUCGGCAAGAAAAGAAAUCGCCAACCGGUUGCAACGCGAGAACUCGGAUCUCCGAUCACUAUUACACGACCUUUCCAGCCGACCGGAUGCUGAGGCUUACAACAUCUAUCGGAGACUGAGGCUAACAGAUGACCCAAUAUCCCUCACGCAUUCAAUCAGACAGGCUGAGCUCCUUCUGCCCACAGUCAUGGUUGAUGGCGACGAAUUCUCAACGUUACAGCAACUAGAAGCCAAUGCACUUGACGGGAGUGUUAUAAAGGUCCCUGCUCAACCAUGGACCACGGUAGCUGGUGAUGGAAUUGUCUCCGAGCUUAUAUCUGCAUGGUUCAAAUGGGAUGGUGCAUUCCUUUGUCCAUUCGUCGAUUCCGAGUGCUUUCUUCAAGACAUCCGCUCAGCCGACCCUAGGAGCGCAACAUACUGUUCACCAUUUCUAGUCAAUGCCAUAUGUGCAUAUAGGAGCUACUUUUCAGACACAGUUGAUGCUGUGCGACACGUAACGAAGAAGGAUUUGAGAGAGCAUUUUUUCACUGAGAGUCUAAAGCACUCCGCCUCCACGAUACCUAUUCUUCCCACCAUUCAAGCACUAUGGAUUCUGUUUUCCAUUUCCUUUCUAAAAGGAGAUGACAGGAAUGGGGGCCUGUACCGAUUUGCUUCCUACGGCAUGCUCAGCAGAUCCAGAAUUUGCCAUUUCUUUCCAAACUUGGAUGGCUUAAACCCAGAAGACAAUGCCAGGAAGCAAACAAUAUCGAAAAUGAUUUGGGGGCAUUUCUGCCUAGAAAGCAUCGUGACUAUGAACUUCCGCGGCACGGAUGUCCUCCAGCCACCGCAGGUCCCCUGCCCCUUUCCCGAAAAUAAUCACGACAGUUCCAAUAACCUUGAUAUUUUCGGCCAGCCUUUCACUUCUGCGUCGCCGCAACCCCCACUUGUCUCCGGGGCAAUUGGCAUAUUAUGCCGUGUGGCCGUGUUAAUGAGCGAGAUUUUGACGUUUGGGCAAGAUCAUAAAAGUUACGGAGUAAUCGGUACCGAUGGACAAGGGAAUCUAAACAAAAAUAUUGCAUUUUUGAUGAAAUUGAACGAGAUUGAUAACUCGCUUCCGCCCUCACUGCGCCAUCACCAGAACUUCACUCCAUCAACAUGUUUUCUUAGAAUCGCCAUGAACACGGCUAUGUAUGCGAUCCUACGGACAUUGCGAAAAGACGUCGUGCUAGACCAGACAAGUGGCAUGACAGUCGAGACGAUGAUGCUGAGAAGCUGCGAGCUCGACAUAGAGUUAAUGGAGCAGUAUCUCGCCAGGUGGACGACGGGAGAGUUUUCGUUAAUGGCAUUCAUCGGACCGUUGAACGCAGGAACGGUCUUACUGCCGCUAAUACAAGAUGAGGCGGCAAGACAAAUGUUCCCACGCUUGUGCAAGCUUAUGCACAUCAUUUCGAGACGUAUGCCCAUUGCAAAAUACGUUUUGAAAGGUUGGGAGGCAGCCUUGCGGAGCAGGGACAUCGAAAUCCCCGAGGCGGCGCUGCCGUUCUUCGAGAGUCUCGGGAUUCAGAGAGAGGAACUCACGGACAUAUCAACUAGUCUGGUAGUGACCCAUAUCCCCCGCGAUGAGAGUGUGUUGGCAAAACAGUGGGAUGACGGUGAACUGGGAUUCCUACUGUCAAAGUGGAACGAGAUGAGUUUGGAGUAAAUUCAUCUCGAAAAAUCGCGUUUGGAAUUCUCUGGCAGAUGUUCAUAUGGCAUUUUGCAUUAGUCUGGUUAGAAUCGGCCAUGGCGGUGAACAAUUUGGAACGUAAUUUGGAGUGUCGAUCUAAGCUGUACUCAUAGCGCGAUUGGAUGUUUAGCCUGUUGUUUGGAGAUAUUUACACCUGACAUGUGCUAUUCAGCCUUGUCCUUUAUCUUCAGAAUAAAUUUCGGCUAUGAUGAGG